GCUCUGUGCUAGAGGAGACGGUGCAAAAAAGUGUUUGUGGAGAAAAUCUUGGACAUCAGUCAGAGGUUUUACUCCACUAAUAUACUUCACCAAAGUUUGGCUUGCUGCAAAUAUAGCACCAGUCUAAUGUUGGUCUACUCAAUAGUUUGAAGGGCAAUGAAUCAAAAAGCAAUGACGAAGGGUAGUAACUCAAAGGAUGACUCUUUGAAGGCUAACAGGGGGAGUGUCCCAAAUGGUACUGUAUAUAUCACCAAGAGCUCAGAGAAUCUGUGUAGAUUCAGCUGGCAAGCUGGAUUAUUACGUGCCUCUUUGAAGAUUGUGGGAUAACACCGAUUUCACAAUGGGGUCCAUCAGUGCAGCAAAUGCAGAAUUUUGCUUUGAUGUAUUCAAUGAGCUGAAAGUUCACCAUGUCAAUGAGAACAUCUUGUACUCCCCCCUGAGCAUCAUUGCAGCCUUGGCCAUGGUCUAUCUGGGAGCCAGAGGCAACACUGAGUACCAGAUGGAAAAGGUUCUUCACUUUGACAGCAUUGCAGGACUUGGAGGAAAUGUUCAGACCAAGUGUGGCAAGUCUAUGAACAUCCACAUACUAUUCAAAGAACUCCUCUCUGAUAUCACUGCAUCAAAAGCCAAUUAUUCGGUCUACCUUGCCAACAGACUCUAUGCCGAAAAGUCAUGUCCAAUCCUACCGAUAUACUUAAAAUGUGUGAAGAAACUGUACAGAGUAGGUCUGGAAACAGUGAACUUCAAAAAAGCAUCAGAUCAAGCCAGACAGCUCAUUAAUUCCUGGGUGGAAAAACAGACAGAGGGACGCAUCCAAGACUUCCUGGUAUCAAGCUCCGUUGAUCUCAAUACUGCCCUGGUCCUCGUUAAUGCCAUUUACUUCAAAGGCACGUGGAAGAGAGCCUUUAAGGAAGAAGACACUCAGGAAAUGCCCUUCAGCAUGACAAAGCAAGACAGCAAGCCUGUGCAAAUGAUGAUUCAGAACAGCACGUUUAAGGUGGCCACGGUGCCUGCGGAGAAAAUGAAGAUCCUGGAGCUUCCGUACGCCAGCGGAGAGCUGAGCAUGUUGGUGCUGUUGCCUGAUGAGGUUUCUGGCCUGGAGCAGAUUGAGAACAAAAUCAGCUUCGAAAAACUGACACAGUGGACCAGUCCCAGUGUGAUGGAAAGGAGGGUAGUGAAAGUGUACCUCCCUCGCAUGAAGAUGGAAGAAAAAUAUAACCUCACAUCUGUCUUAGUGGCCUUGGGAAUGACCGACCUGUUCAGCCCUUCAGCCAAUCUGUCUGGUAUCUCUUCCGCAGAGAACCUGAAGAUGUCUCAGGCUGUGCAUGGGGCGUACAUGGUAGUCAAUGAAGAGGGCACAGAGGUGGCAGGCUCAAUGGGGGUGAUGGGAGACAUCAAGGAUUCCUCUGAGUUCGAAGAGUUUAGGGCUGACCACCCAUUCCUCUUCUUGAUCAAACACAACCCAACCAACAGCAUUGUCUACUUUGGUAGAUAUUGUUCCCCCUAA